AUGGAGAUACCGCAGCUCAGCGACGUUCCUCUUAUCGGAGGAGAAGCCGCUGGUCCUUCAGGCGAAAGGAGAAAGAUUUUACAGCCGAGCGCUAAGAGCGACCCCAAGUUCCAGGACCUGAAGACGUUCUUGAUUGAAUGGAUCAACGACGAGUUAAGACACGAGCACAUCGUGGUGAAGAGCUUGGAGGACGAUCUGUACGAUGGCCUCGUCCUCCACCAUCUCUUCGAGAAGAUCAGCGGAAAUAAGGUGGACGUGGAGGAAAUGACGCUGUCGGCCGUCAAGCAGCGGGCGAAGCUGGGGGUCCUGCUGGACGCCGUAUCCCAACAUCUAGGAGCGGCGGAGGAGCAGGAGAAGUGGGACGCGAAUCUGAUCUUCGCCAAGGAUUUGCUGGCCACCUUACACCUUCUCGUCUCCUUGGCCCAGCGCUUCAGGCCGGAUCUCGCUCUUCCCGCUGAGGUUUGCGUCGACGUCGUCAUCGUCGAGCCGACCAAAACCGGGAUGAAAACCGAGAAAGCUACCGAAUUUAUCACUGGCAGCAGAGACGGAGACGCUUCGGCCAAAACUGAUGCGUUCGACCAACUUUUUGCCCUGAACCCGGACAAAGUGAAAGACGUAAAACAGGCAAUCGUGAAUUUUGUAAAUAAGCACCUGGCGGACCUGUGUCUGACCGUGACAGAUCUGGACUCCCAGUUUGCAGACGGGGUAAUAUUACUGCUCCUGAUUGGACAGCUCGAGGGCUACUUCAUCAAUUUAAGCAGCUUCUUCCUGACCCCAACAACACACGAGGAGAAGAUUCACAACGUCUCCUUCGCUUUGGAGCUUCUUGUGGAUGGGGGAGUUUUGCAGAUUCCUAUCAACCCUGCAGACGUUGUGAGCAGAGAUAUUAAGACGACUCUCCGGGUUUUGUACAGCCUGUUCCUCAAAUACAAAUGCAGCUGAGAAAAGAAGCCGCCGCCGCCGAGUGAUCCAACGCCGAAGGAGCCGCCGCCGCCGAGUGAUCCAACGCCGAAGGAGCCGCCGCCGCCGAGUGAUCCAACGCCGAAGGAGCCGCCGCCGCCGGGUGAUCCAACGCUGAAGGAGCUGCCGCCGCCGAGCGUGAAAAUACAUUUCUGGGAUGAAAAUACAAAUCCUGGAAGCAAUUCAAAUAUCUAUUUUUGUAAAACCCAAAAUAAACCGAUUGUAUGCAUCG